AUGGAAUUCUUAAUGGAAGUCGCGGAGGCAAGGAAUAAGAUUCGGUUGCUAGCUGGUGUUAAGGAAGCAUGGGAGAAGGAUGACGGCGAGGACGAGGAGGCGAAUGAGGCCGAAGAUGUGAAGAUGGAGGAUGGGGGAGAGGAUGAGGAUGAGGAGGUGUUUUGCGAGGAUGUGGAGGGUGGCACGUUUGAUGAUGUCUUUGGUUCUACGGAGGAUCAGGAGAUGGGUGCAUAG